UCUAGCUAGGAACGAAUCCAGUCGACAAUGUAGCUAAUGUUAUAGUACACAUACUACUAGAUAUGUAACGUUAUAUCGACAGGAUGCCAGCUAGCGGAAUGCAUGCCAACCUGUAACUAUGGUUGUUAUAGUGCCACAAUAACGACGUAGCUAGCAAGCUAGUAUCUCUCUUAAACAAUGGCUUUGCUAACGGUAGCGGAGGUUCUUUAGCAUGUUAGCGUUUGUGGCUACAGUAGCAUUCAUAUGAAGCCCGUUAGCUUGCCAGAUCAGAGUUAGAAACUUCCAUAACUACGGAAGAGAUGUCAGGAAUAAGUGCGGUGAGCUCGGCGUUGCCAGCGGCUACAACCCGUACCACCUCCUUCAAGGGCUCCUGCCCCAGCUCGAAGUAUGUGAAGCUGAAUGUGGGCGGGGUGCUCUACUACACCACCAUGCAGACCCUUACCAAGCAGGACACCAUGCUCAAGGCCAUGUUCAGUGGCAGGAUGGAGGUCCUCACAGACAGUGAAGGCUGGAUCCUUAUUGACAGGUGUGGGAAGCACUUUGGGACCAUUCUGAACUACCUGCGUGAUGGUGCUGUACCUUUGCCUGAGAUCCGGAGAGAGGUCGAAGAGCUCCUGGCAGAGGCCAAGUACUACCUGGUGCAGGGGCUAGCUGACGAGUGCCACGCUGCCUUGGAGAACAAAGAUAUGUAUGAGCCCUUCUGUAAAGUGCCUUUGGUCACAUCCUCAAAGGAAGAACAGAGACUCAUCUCUACCUCCAAGCCCACAGUCAAGCUGUUAUACAACAGGAGCAACAACAAGUACUCUUACACCAGCAACUCCGAUGACAACAUGCUGAAGAACAUUGAGCUGUUUGACAAGCUCUCUCUGCGGUUCAACGGCCGUGUGCUCUUCAUCAAGGACGUGAUCGGGGAUGAGAUCUGCUGCUGGUCGUUCUAUGGGCAGGGCCGUAAGAUCGCUGAGGUGUGCUGCACCUCCAUAGUCUACGCCACAGAGAAGAAACAAACCAAGGUGGAGUUCCCAGAGGCUCGUAUAUAUGAGGAGACCCUUAACAUCCUGCUUUAUGAGUCUCAGGAUGGGCGUGGUCCAGACAACGCUCUACUGGAGGCUACAGGAGGCGCUGCAGGCCGAUCCCAUCAUCUGGACGAGGACGAGGAACGGGAACGCAUUGAGAGGGUGCGCCGCAUCCACAUCAAACGUCCCGAUGACCGCACCCACCACCACCAGUAACUAUACCAGCCAACCAGCAUUAUCAGGAUCCGCAGACCUCACCAGUGACCAUUACCCAUCACUGAGAUCACACUACCGGUAUACCCAUAGGUAAUCUCACAUCCUUGACCACAAGCGACUUCUGUGCUUCUGCACCACAGCCACUAAUGAACUGUUGCUUGUCUGAUAUCAUUCUAAGUAGAACAUGAUUAGGGAUGUUCUGUCCCAAAUGACCAUAUCAGUAUUUUCUAAACCGUCAACUUUUUUUCAGUGGUCAGAAUGUAUUUUACCGCCUUUAUUUCCAUAUGUUUUGUCUUUGUAUGUAUGUAGACAUAUUACUUGUGCCCAGUAGAGAUAUUGUGCCUUAAGUCUGUGGGUGUACGUGCUGCUUACAAUCUUUAUCAUGUCACUACAACAUUGCUUUGAAGUUCAGGUAUGUGUCACAGUAUAGCUAGUUCAGGUCAAUUGCAUUUAAAGGAUUCUAUACAUUAUGUACAAUGUGGAACAAUACAUUUUCCUACCACAGCAGUUUUAGAUAAAAAAAUAUAAAGUGAUAUGUAAACUGUAUAACAGCAUUUUAUCUUGUGUUUAGAAAUUGGGUGCUUCUAUUUUCUGUAUGUACUCAUUUCGUCCAGCAGAGGGUGUUGUGUACAAAAACACUGAAAGGUGUGAUAUAUUAGGUUGACGUUACCUCGAGAUGGUGAUCUUCGGUCAGUUUUGUAGUUCCCCCACUAAUGAUUAAGGAUGUUUGGAGGGGAAGCUGAUCCUAGAUGUUUGCCUACGGGAACCCUGAAGCGAUACGUUUACAACACACCUCUUAAUUGUAAGUGGUAUGAAUAAAGCCACCGUUUCUUCCGUAGUCAAGGAUUAAUGAUCUUUUGACAUCAUGUAUAAAAUCUGGUUUUGUUCUGUGUGAUAAAAAUGGAUGUCAUUGCUGCCUGUUACAAAAAAUGAUUGGCGGGUGACAUGGUUACAAGACGAAACUUGUUUGGAAGAUGGAUCACAGCUGAAGAGACAAAGCAACUCCAGACAUUGCGUAAAAUUGUGACAUUCUUUGAGAUCAUUUCACAUGUACAAGUGUCUUUUGCACUGUAUUUAACACAUUUUUCUUACAAUAAAGAUGUUUAUGAAUA